AUGAAUGCUUCACGUCUAUUGACCAGGCGCCUCGCCAGUCGCCCACUGACUGCAGGCGUAUCACGACGCUGCAUCUGCACCACCUCGUCACGUCUCAACGAGAACCCUCGAGUCCACCCCAAUGCUGAAGAGUACCGCAAAUACCAGAAGGAGAGGGCGGACAACCCACACAUGACAAACACUAAUUCUACCAUUCACAACGAGAUGCCUUCGGUGGGGAAGGAUGCACCUCCGCCAGAAAUGCUGAGUUCUGCCGAUCCCAACUACGUCCCCAAGGACAGAGUUCCCGAGAACACAGACAAGAUGACAGGAGGAACCCAGCCGGGAGACCCCAACAAAGUAAGCCGACCAGAAUAUGCUGUUGGUGAAAUGGAGGGCAUCUCGUUUCGAGUUGAGCCUUUACGUCGCACGGGGGAAGAUCUUCCCACCAUGAGAGCCAGAUUACUAUACCAAAGCAGGAAGCGAGGGACAUUAGAAUCCGACCUCCUCCUCUCCACUUUUGCAGCCGAGAAUCUUUCCUCCAUGAGCAGAACCCAACUCGAGCAGUACGAUUUCCUUCUGGACGAAAACGACUGGGACAUCUACUAUUGGGCAACGCAAUCCCCAGCCAAUGCGCCCACAUCGCUCGAGACUGCGGAAGGUGCCACGAGCGAAAAGAAGAACCAGACCACCGACUACACCUCUCCCGCCAACCCGGGACAAACUCAAGAGACCGAUGCAUGGAGGCAGGGAGCUCCGCGCGGAGAGUGGGCUCAAACUAUAGGGACUUUCAGACCGGCGUAUAGACCCGUGCCGCAACGGUGGAAGGACAGCGAGAUUCUGAACAUGCUACGCAGGCAUGUCAAGGAAAGGAGUGCUGGCGGCGUUCUGGAGGAUGUCAAGGCGACUCCCAACAGCAAGGGCAACGGUAGUGGUCUUGGGAGAAUGCCCGACGUCCAAAUCUUUGAUUGA